AUGAGGCAUUGCCUUGUAAAUAGUGGUAGAGAAGUCUUCAGUAUGCAGAUCAGCUUUGGUUUCAGGUCUUAUCCUCCAAAUAUGGGCUGGAUAGGCAAGAAUGUUAGUUGUGGUGACAACAUAUCCUUCUGGCAUCAUAAGUGGAUAGGUGAUGCCCCUCUGAAGCUUACUUAUCCGGAACUUUUUGCUAAGGUUUCGCAACUUAUUGUUAAGGUUUCUGGUAUGGUUGAGGGUCAUAAAUCAAUGGCGACUACGCACGCUCGGGCACUCUGCAGAUCGAGGGCGGCAUCAGCCUUCAGGACGGGCUGGGCCUGCCUGAUGGUCGGAACGAUUAUCCGAUUCGCCGAGUGCCAUCACAAGGAUUUCUUGGCUUUCCCGGCGUUUGCCUACGUGACUGCGGUCAUGGUCGCCGGCGAGGCUUCUUUAGGAGAAGCCCUACAGGGGGCUGCAGCCGCGGUCUGCGGGACCCUGCAGGGCGUCGGCCCGGCAAUGGCAUGCCUGUGGGCUGUCGGGCCGGGGAAAUUGACAGUGUGGACAUCGACACUGGCAGUGGCCCUCAGUGCCUUUGUUGUUGCGUUGCCUAACACCACACAUAUUAUCGCUAAGAGAGUGGCCUUCGCACAGAUGGUCAUUGUCUAUGUUGUGGCCUUGAUACAGGGGGAGAGUAUGGGGGCUAUUAAGUACCCUUUGCACGUGGGGAUCAGCACGUGUGUUGGGGCCGCGGCUUCUGUGCUUGCAUUGCUGUUGCCCGUUCCCAAGUUGGCCUAUGUUGAGGACAUAAUGUCUCUCUUUUUCACAUAUGUAUCACCCCCAACAUCUCUCUCAAAAAUAGAUUUCAGGGAAUCAAAUAGAUUUGUAGGUGUUUUAAAAGGGUUUUGGAAAUCGAAUCCAUUAGAAAUUACAGGGAAGGUGCAAGAAAAGAGUGACAAAGUUGCUCAAAUGGUUUCAGAAAUGGUGAAGCUCCUUGUUGAUUCCAUGUGUGCAGAGAACAAGGAUGGAGUAGUGGCUUCUCUCUCUAAAGUUAAGUCCUUAGCGACCACCAAGGCAACCCUCCUCCAAAAGAUUGCACAAAGACAGGCAUCUACAAGGUGGGAAAGACCAGGAAAGGAACCUCUACCAACAUUAGGCAUGAUAAAGGCUACAGAACAAGCAUUGAAGGGAAUGGAAAUCUCACUAAGCUCCCACCUUUCUCUCUCUACACCCUCUCUAACAUCACAUCCAAUUCUCAAAGACUCAUUGCACCAACUCACUGAGUGCACCACCCAAACCCUCCUCAACAAACCCUCUCCUUCCACACAUCAAACUGCAAAACAAGCUCUCUACACCUUACACCAUACCUUAGAACCCACCUCUCUCUCUCUACACAAUCUCUCCUCUCUCUUUUUCAUCUACUGCCUAUGCCAAUUGCACUCAGAAACCACCAUCCCCUCUCAAAACCGCCAAUCAAGUGGACCGAAGAUCGCGCCCACCGUCGAAGAACCCGCAAACCCACAAAGUGAAAACCAUAAUUCAUCCAUUAAAACUGCUUACUGCAAGUCUCUCUCUUUCACAAACAAAGAAUCAGCCAUUUGGGCACUCAAGUGCUCUCUCUCUCUAGCCCUCUCUGUCCUCUUAGGCGUUUUGUACAGCAAAGACAAUGGCUACUGGGCAGGCAUUGGGGUAGCCAUUAGCAUGGGUGCAACAAGGGAGCCAACCUUCAAAUUAGCAAAUGUUAGGACACAUGGCACAGUUGCUGGUUCAAUCUACGGUGUUCUCGGCUGCUUUCUGGCUCAGAAGAUCCCAGCCGUUCGUUACAUCGCCUUAAUUCCAUGGGUGAUCUUCACAAGCUUUCUAAGAGAUAGCAAAAUGUAUGGCUAUGCUGGUAGUUUAUCAGCCCUAAUUGGUGCAGUUAUAAUUCUCGGACGAAGAAACUUCGGUGCACCACCUGAAUUCGCCAUAGCUAGAAUCACUGAGACCUUUAUUGGGGUCGUCUGUUAUAUAUUUGUCGAGCUCCUGAUCGAGCCCACUCGAGCCACUAGGCUUGCUAGGCUCGAGUUGGAUCGAGCCAUGACUGAGCUCAGCGGCCUAAUCCUGUCGGUCCUCUUCGAAAAUCGAGAAAGCCAUAAAGAAGAUGAAAAGAGGCUUAGAAGCUGCAUUUUUCGACUAAGGAAGUUUGUUGAUGAAGCUAAAAAUGAGCCGGAUUUCUGGUUUUUCCCAUUUCCAAGCGACAUUUAUACCAAAAUUUUGGGGUCACUCUGCACCAUGCUUGAGCUUUUAAGCUUUUGGGCUUCUGGGUUCGAGGAGUUGGCUCAUGUGGCUCGAGCCCAUGGGGCUCAAGUGGAUUCGUUAAUCGAACCGGUGGGCUCGGAGAUCGAGUGGUUCAAGGGUUCGGCUGAUUCGGUUUUGAGGUGCCUAGCUGGGGUUAUGGGGGUUGGGUCCUUGAAAGAAAUGAGCGAUGAGUUUGGUAGGGUGGGCACGUGUGGGGAUUUGGAAGCAGGAGGUGUCACACGUGUGACAAUGGAUGAGGAGGAAGUUGAAAAGAUGACUAAGAGUUUUUUGGAGAAUGGGCGUGAGGUGGGUGUUGGGUUCAGUGGGGAGGAGUUAAAGGGGCAGCUGGUUUUGUGCAUGGGGUGCUUGGGGUUUUGCAUGGAGGGUUUGAUGAGAGAGAUGAAAGAGUUAGAGAAAGGAGUGAGGGAGCUUCUAGAGAGAGAGGGGAUUGAUUAUUCACAUGAAACAUGUUGUCGAUAA